CCGUGUCGGCGUCGGCAACGCGGCGAGCAGUCGAGUCGGUCGCGUGUACUGCUGCAUCCGCGCGCUACGUGACGCUACGCGACGUAGCCGCCAGCUCGUCCACUACGCUGCUACGAACGCCGCACUAAAUAAUACGCCAUAAUACGCCAGUGACUCAGUGAGGAUAUUCAAUCAAACGUUAUUGUUGAGUGCGAGGCCAACUUUGUGCUACUUUUGUAACUCUCAACUAUACUCGUGAAUAUCUCAACUACAGCAAACAAGAUAAAUACAAAGCCUCGUUCCGAAUCGGAUCCGAGAAAAUAAAGAAGGACAAAGAGUAGAAUAGUUUGAGUUUUUAUUGGAACUUUGAGGUGAAUAGGAAUCGUAACAAGCGUGUGGCAGGUGUCCAGGGACAAUGAGGCGUCGCGGCGGUGGGGGAUAGCAUGACAGCGCCUGCCACGGCGGCCUGAUGGCGCUAGUGCGCCGCAUACUAGGCGACGCCCAGGCGAAACUUCGCAAAAUGGUAGAUGAGCAAGUGUCAGUGGGCGCCAGGGUGGAAGCCGACCCUGAGCCAGAGCCUGCUGACCCGCUCAUCACGCCCGCCAGCUCCGUCCUGGACAGACCCGAGCUGGACCCGCGGCCGGUACCUCCAGAGCGAAGACUGCUCAUCGGCACCUUGGAUAAGCCACGCAACGGUUCACUCAACGGGGAUAAAGAAACUACACUAAACAGGACGACUAGAUUAUCUAUAAGGAAUGGGAAAGAUAAUCCGUUUAUAGAUGACGACAACAAAGAAAAUCAUGCGAAUGGUAAGCUUGAAUCUCCAGUGAAAUGGUCAACACAGAAUGGAAGUGAUAGCGGGACUUAUGCAGAAAUAGGUACCGGCGCCAACAGCAACACCAGCGAAAGGAAUAUUCUAGAUCCAGCCGAUAGCUCCGAAGAAGAAGUUCCUCUGCCUGAUGCUACAUCUCCAGGGAGAAGCAGCGAUGGACCGGAGCCACGUGCUGAUAUUACAGCGACGCUUGAAGGAGGUUUCGGUGCGGAGGCGGCGUCCCCGGGCGGGCGAUCUGACAGGUCCCGGCAGGAGGAGGUGCCGGCGUCCCCCGGGAUGCUCACCGCCGCCCAGCUCGCCCGGCGCCUGCGGAUGGAAAAUGAACGAUUACAGGCGGAGCUAACAAGAGUCCGGCGUCUACUCGUGGCAGCGGCAGAGCGUGGUGAAGCAGGCACUGCUCUCAUGGAACGGGCCAAAGGAGAGGGCCAGGACGCCCCACCACUCGACCCCCAACAACUUGAGAAAGAGCUGUUGCUGGCACGGGAAGCUGUCAACUCUUUGAAAGCCGAUAAGAAGAGGUUAAAAGCAGAGAAAUUUGAUUUACUGAACCAAAUGAAACAACUUUACGCUACGUUGGAAGACAAAGAAAAGGAGCUCCGAGAUUUUAUACGGAAUUAUGAACAGAUGCGUUCGAGAGGCGGUGCAUCAUCAGCACUAGGAGCUGAGAGAGCCGAGCGUGAGCGGGAACGAGCCGCUUUGUUACGUCACGCCAGAGACGAAGCCGAACGUUCUUUACAUGCUCGCAGCCGCUCUGAGCGCCAGAGACACACAGCUUCGGCAUGCCAGGGAACAACUUUUCGAGGAGCUAAGUAUAACUAG